CUGAGCGUUGCCAUGGCGCCGCCUGAGCGCCCCGACGGGCCUAGCCGCCUGGCCAGGGUCUCCCGCAGCCUCUGCUUCAGCGCCUCCCACCGGCUGCACAGUAAGUCACUGAGUGAUGAAGAAAACCAGAAACUUUUCGGGAAAUGCAAUAACCCCAAUGGGCACGGCCACAAUUAUAAAGUGGAAGUCACUGUGCAGGGAAAGAUCGAUCCAGCUACAGGAAUGGUGAUCAACCUCACAGAUUUAAAAGAUUACAUGCAGGAAGCCAUCAUGGAGCCUCUAGACCACAAGAAUCUAGAUAAGGAUGUCCCCUACUUUGCCAAUGUUGUAAGUUUUGCUCAUAGUACUACCGAGAAUGUUGCGGUGUUCAUCUGGGAAAACCUCCAGAAGCAUCUCCCAAAGGGGGCUCUUUAUAAAGUCAAAGUGUACGAAACAGACAAGAACACCGUUGUCUACAAGGGCGAGGAAGCUCUUCCAAAUAAGUGAUGUUGUACGUGUCUCAGUGCUUUAAUAUGUCUUUGGAGAAAGAACCUAAUCAGUGGAUUGAUGAACAUUAUUGGAUAAGUGUGGCUGUCGCGUGUAUAUUUUUUCAAAAUAUCAUUUAAGAGAAUUAUAAUAUUCCAGCUAGAAGCGGCUCUCUUAUACAGCUCUGUGCUUUGGGGAUUUGCUGCUCUCUUGUUGCUUCUUCAUCAAAACAUUCCAUUUCUUGAAGACGAAAAUUCUCUGUCGUUUCAUCUCUCUUAUGCGUAGAGGAGGGUGGUGGAAUGGCAUGGAAUGGUCAGGUCUUCUCAGAAUUCUGAAGCUAAGCAGGGCCAGUCCUUGUCAGUACUUGGAUGGGAGACCCCCAGGAAGCCUGGGUUUGGUCUGCAGAGGAAGGCAGUGGCAGACCAUCUCUGCUGCUUACUUGUCUUCAAAGCCCCUUGCUGGGGUUGCCAUAAAUUGGUUGCGACUUGACAGCACACACAUACAUUGAGGGUAGGGUUUCAUACCUUGUCAAGAUCCUGACCUAGUGCAGUGUCUCUGGUUCAAAUCUUGCUUCUGCCACGGCCUCACUAAGUGGCCUGCAGUAAGCCACUCUCUGCCAGUUCCCCAACGCUGCGUCUACAAUGUUGAGCUGUUGUCCUAUCUUACAGGAUUGUUGUCAGAACUUCAGAGAUAAUGUAUGCAAGAUGAUUGGAAUCAGGGCUUUUUUUCUGGGAAAAGAGGUGGUGGAGUGGAACUCAGUGGUGGAACUCAGGACCGCACAAUGACGUCACUUUGGGUCAGCUGGAACAAGGGGGGAGUUUUUUAAAGUUUA